AUGCACGCCCCCCGGCUGCCCCUGUGCCUGCUGCACGCCUGCUGGGCCCUGCUCCAGGCGGGCGCCACGACGGUGGCCCCGGUGCCGCUGCGGACGCGGGUGCAGCCCUCGUCGCCGUCCCCUCUCGCCUACAUGCUGAGCCUCUACCGCGACCCGCUGCCCCGGGCUGACAUCAUCCGCAGCCUGCAGGCGCAAGAUGUGGAGGUGGACGGACACAACUGGACCUUUGCUUUUGACUUCUCCUUCCUAAGCCAAGUGGAGGAUCUGGUGUGGGCUGAGCUCCGGCUGCAGCUGUCCAGCCCCGUGGCCCUUCCCCCCGGCGUGCUCCUCUCCAUCGAGAUUUUCCACCAGCUCAAGCCAGAUGUGGAGCAGGACCCGGCUGCCUGCCAGGAACGUCUUCGGAUGGACCUGUUCACUGUCCCUCUGUCCCACGUCACCUUUUCCUCGGGCAGCAUGGUCCUGGAGGUGACCGGGCCACUCUCCAAGUGGCUGAAGCACCCUGGGGAGCUGGAGGCGCAGAUGUCCAGCGUGGCUGGAGGGUGUCCGCAGCGGCCUCCCACGCCGCCUGUCACCAGCGUGCUCCUCGUGCUCUACUCCAACCUGUCGCCGGAGCAGAGGCGGCUGGGCGGCUCCACCUUGCUGUGGGAGGCCGAGAGCUCCUGGCGGGCCCGGGAGGGACAGCUGUCCUCGGAGAGGCGCCGGCGGCACCGGCGCCACCAUGUGCCCGACAGAAGCCAGCUGUGCCGGAAGGUCAAGUUCCAGGUGGACUUCAACCUCAUUGGAUGGGGCUCCUGGAUCAUCUACCCCAAGCAGUACAAUGCCUAUCGCUGCGAGGGCGAGUGUCCUAACCCCGUGGGGGAGGAGUUCCAUCCGACCAACCACGCAUACAUCCAGAGUCUGCUAAAGCGAUACCAGCCCCACCGAGUCCCUUCCACCUGCUGUGCCCCCGUGAAGACCAAGCCCCUGAGCAUGCUGUAUGUGGACAAUGGCAGAGUCCUCCUGGACCAUCAUAAAGACAUGAUUGUGGAAGAAUGUGGGUGCCUUUGAGGCAAUCCUGGCGGGGGGGCUGGAUUUGCCUGUACCCUGGGAAGUUGGGAAGGUCCUAGAAGACACGAUAACCAUCGAAUGUGAUGAGGAGAACCGGAGGGGUAGAGCUUGCUCUGUCUGCCAGGGCUGCGGAGGAAGGGCAGCUCUGCAAAGGCAAGCUCUGUGGAGUCUGGCAAACAGGGAGGCUGCUGUCAGGAGAGAGGGAGGCAAGCCUGUGAGGCAGGCUUGUUGGUUUUCUCUUUACUGAAGAGACAGUGGUGAGUAAAAGCACUGGCGCAAGGGUUCUUGACUUUUUAACCUAUGAACCCGCAGAAAUUAGAAGCAAACGUUGGGGCAUAUGUGCAUUUAUCUGUGAGGUGGGACAGGUUAUCCGUAACCUUCAUGUAUUCUCAAAACUGGUCCUUGACCACCCUCUCCCCUCCGCCAAGAUUACGUUCACUGUGUUAAAUGAAAAACGAUUGGCCACUGUCGUGUCUGGCUGGUUCAGGGAAGCCCCCACAUCUCCCGGGCUGGCCAGGGGCAGUGGGCUGGCCUUGUCCAGAGGCUCCCCAGAGUGGGUCUCUGCUAAUGAGUCGCACGACAAUAAAGACAUUGUGAAGUCCUCCUAGGCCAGCUGGUGCCUUUGAAGGGAGAAGCAGGAACUCGUCCAGAGGACUGGCCACGUGGGUCUGCAGGAGUGGAGGCCUCGGACAUCCCCACCGUCAGCCCGCUUGGGCAGACAC